AUGAUUCAAAAAAUUCUCUUAGAACAAUUAUCCAAAGAUUUUGAUGAAUACUUGACUAAUGGAUAUGAGUCCGACGUAGAGAUACACGUCGGAGAGUAUAAUGAUAAGACAACAUUUAAAGCACAUUCAAUGAUACUUUCCGCAAGAUCCCCAUACUUUCGAAAAGAAAUUGAAGAUAUUCCACCAAAUUCGAGAAAAGAAAUUAUAAAAUUUUAUAAACCAGAAAUUUCAUCAAGUUCAUUAUACCAAGAUUUAGUAAAAUUUCACAUGAAUAAAAAUGUUCGAGUAGGUUACCCAAAAUUACCAAAACGAGCGGGAAGAAUUGAUUCAAAAAUCAUAGAUGUAAAACAUGUCAGUCUCAUCUCUCAAUGGAUUAAAACUCAACAUCAAGAAGAAAGAAAAACAUUGACGUAUCGUUAUAGCCUUUUAAUUCGUGGAAGUCAGCAUGGAUUUGAGAAAAAUGAUUUUCUAGAUUCUUGUAAAAAUAAAUCUUCCACACUUAUUUUACUUAAACCUCAAGGAUCAGAUUUAAUCAUUGGUGGAUAUAAUCCAAUUCCUUGGAAGACGGAAGAAAAUUCAAAUUUGAUUGCUAAAAAUAGUUUCAUCUUCACUUUUAGUGAUCGAGAAGGGAAUCCUACAGAAGUUGGAAAAUUCGGUCAAUCCAAAAAUAAAUCUUUUCCUUUGAUCUACGUUACGGAUAAUGGAUUAAAAUUAGGAGAUGAUUUAUUUUUGGAAUUUACCAAUUUUUCUAAACAAAAGAUGGUACCUACAUUAUAUUAUCAUAAAAUUGGAUAUAGUUUACCUGAUGAAAUUCAACAACAAAUCAAUAAUCCCGUCACAAUAGAAGAUUAUGAAAUUUUUUCAAUUAAUAAUAUGUCGGCUUUACCAAUUUCUUCAAAAUCCUAUUAUCAUAAAUUUCGAAAUUUCAUGGCAUCAUUUCUUUCUAAUACUUUGUGUAGAUUACGCAAGCGUCGAUCUGAAGCACAAAAAAAUCUCAAACUAAAGAAAAUUCUUACAUAUAAUUGGUGGUUUAAAAGUGGGGGCUAUGUAGAAUUCUAG